UUACAAUUAAUUGUACAUGUCAAAUAGUUUGUGCAUGUUUUAAAAUUUAAGUGAACCUUUUAUCAGAAUUAUGAGGACGAAAAAAAGGAGAGUAGUAAAAAUUGAUUACCCUCCCUUAACAACUAGAAAGUGGAUUCCUCCAGAAGAAAGACCAAAAAGACGUAAAAAGCCUCCUGCGUAUAUCAAACCCGAAGGUAUUGAUCAAAAAUUACAGGUCUCCAGUCUUAGAAAGAUAUGGCAUCAGUUUGUGUACUAUGACAAAACCGGUAUUUUAUUGGGACACUACGGUCAGACAGGAAAGAAAUAUCUUGAUAAAACUAGAGGGUUACAAGGUUCCUGCAAUUGUGCCGUAGCUUGUGUUUUUGCCUAUUUGUUUCCAAUGGACACCUGGAAUUCGUCUACAAUCGACAGAAUGUUAGAUAUAGGCGACAAUUUGUACACUAAAAGCGUUCAACAGGACCCAGACCGAUGUCUAAUCUACGUAACAACAAAUAAAAUUCUUCCUUCGAUUUUUUUGGAUCAUGACAAAAUAACAUUCGAUAUAGAUUGCAAGAACCGUAUAGAGGAAAAAUUUCAUUCGGCUGUCGACGAUAAAAUUAAGGAAACAUUUAAUGAAGCUGUCCAAAAAUUUUUUAAACAAUACCCGUCAGGUAUUAUUACAAUGCUCGGCAAAUAUUUGGCUAUAUGGAUCCAAGACAAUGCAUAUUAUUUAUAUGAUCCCACGGAACAUACUGAAGAUGGAUAUCCAGCUUAUGGACUGCAGUGUCAUGUUGCUUCACUAGCACAAAAUUAUCCACGAUAUCCGUUAAAAGGUGAAGGUUUUGCUGUAGUAUAUCGGUGUUUAACAUUGGAUGAUUUGAUUUCUAAAAUAUAUCUGAAUUUAAAUGUUACUAUCCCUUGCGCUACAUUCACCAUAGAGGGAUGCACUGUUCAAAGGUUCAUUCAUCUCGAUCUAUGUCCACCAGAACGACUAGAGGAGGUUGAAUUACUUAAAACUGAAAUGGAGGGUCUACCAGAAGGGCAGUUGCAGGAAAAGAAAAAAGUAGAACUUGGUCGUGAUGUCACCACAGAAAAUCUUAGAAAAUAUUUUGAUGAAUUGGGAGACCAAUGUUGGGGUGAUAGGCUGCAAAUUGUGGAGUUAGCGCCAGAUGCAGGGGAUACAUUAUCACUCGACAAACGUCCAUCAUGGUUACAAGAACCUUAUUUAAAAGCCGAUGUUUGUAAAUUUCCUAUUCCCUUUAAAGCCAGAACUGAUGUGGUUAGUUUUUAUGUGGAUGUCGAACCAGAUGGUUCUAAAAGCAUCAUAAGAGCCGGUACCCAUCAUGCAGAUCCAAGUUUCUCAAAAUACAAAGGUCGCCAAAGUAUGGGCAAUGCUAUUUCGGCAUUAACAAUGCUUAAAUUUCAUAAAUCAAAGCAUUGGGUACCUUCUUUAUUAAAUAAAAUACUUAAACAUGGAGAUCUGCUAUAUAGGGAUGCAAUGAUAACUAUACUUAGAAGUCAAGAACUAAAACUGUCGAACUUCCAAAAGAAGACAGAAUAUUUGGAGAAAGUGUUUAUGCCAAAGAUCGAAGAUUUUGUUGUUAUUGGAAGAUUAACGUCCAACGAUUUUGAAGUUUUAGAUCUCUUGACAGCUUUAGAGAGUUUUCUAAUAGAUCACAUUUGCUGUGUAAUUAUUGGUCCAAUAACUUUAGCAGUGUGGGUGGAAGAUGGAAAGUUUUAUUCCUUUGAUCCAAAUGGAAGAGAUUCUGAAGGACGAGCAAUUUCUCAACAAAAUCUCGAACUCUUUCCCAGUCAAGGCAAGGCUUGUGUGAUGCGAUUUAAUAAACUUAGAGAUUUUGUAGAUCUCUAUAUGAACAACGUCCCCAAACCUAUGAAGGCAGAUCCAUUUUAUCUUAGCAAAGUUGUUAUUGAUGAACACAUAGAAGUUGCUGAACCAUGGUACAAUUUUAAAGGUAUACUACAGGAUAUGUGGAUUUUAAGAGGCAAUUUUAGUCAAAGCGAUAGAAAGUUUGAUCUAAUAUCGAGAAAUUUCCAAAGCCCCGCUAUUUGCUUUGCAUUAUUAAUGACAAUAAAAUCAAUAGCCCUUAAAGACUUUCUUAAAGAAACAAUCGACGAGAUUUUAGAUACUGGAGACAGCUUUUAUAAACAAUCAGUGCAGACAUUGUCGGAAAAAGAACAAUUUAUCAAUAGGAUGUUGAUGCUAACUGAAAUAAACAAGAAUUUUAAAUGGAAAGAUAAAAUGGUAGAUUUUGACGUUGAAGAAUGCCUUUCUAAUGGCUUGUUUGACUGCAAAGACACAAACUUUAAUAAGACAAUUCACAACUAUUUCAACACUUUUGAUUCUGGAAUAAUAACUUGUCGUUCUAUGUCCAUUGUUCUUUGGAAAUCAGAAGACAAAUUUUAUUAUUUUGACAGUCAUAAUAGAAACGAAAAAGGAUUCGCAACACCUUAUGGUACUGCCUGCAUUUUAAGAUCAUCCCAAUUAAACAGUUUAAUUGACGUUUUACUAGCAAAUUUUGCACCUACUCCAGAAAACUUCUACAAUGUACAUAAUGUCAAGGUGACUUUCUCUGAAAUGGAUGACGAUGACCUGAUCCGUCCCGUUAUGGAGUUCUAUAAGAGACUUGGAGAAAAUAAAUUAAUACUGAGAUCGCUUUAUAGUGAAAUUUCUAAUAAAUACGAUUUAAAUGUUCGCAAACAGACUGUACCCAUGUGCGUAAUGGCGAUAGGUUUCAACAGGCUGAAACCCUCCAUAGAAUGGAACCAACAGGAUAUCGAUGAAAUCCUCAACAAAGGAGAUGCAUUGUACACCGAUUGUAUAUCAGAAAUACUUAAAGAGGAAGAAACAUUGCAUUUGACACAGAUACGAACCGGAAACGUAGCUCCAUUGGAUCAGACAACUGCAAAUGAAGAAGCAGAAAAUGGCGAGAAAGAGGCUGUAACACCAGAAGAGGGUACCAAAACAGGUAACGAUGUGACGAAAUCCAAUGAAGAAACCAAGCCAGAGACCACAGAAUUAGAAGGCUCAGUCAAAGAAGAGGAAGAAGUAGAAGAAGAGGAAGAUGAACACGCUCCAAUUCAGAUUACUUUGGAUAACAUGAAAAAGGAAUUUAAUAUUGGACUUAAUAAAUUUGAUGUAGAAGUUGAAACUGAAGCAGAAGGUAUCGUCCGACCAGAUUUAAGAGAAGCUUUAAAAUCGUACUUUGAUACGCCUCAAAUCAACGAAAAUUUCCACUGGGAACUUAUGUUAAUUACUAAAAAUUAUUCCGUAAUUAUUUGGCGAGAUGAACAUAUUUACUACUUAUUUGAUCCUAAACCAAGAGAUAAAGAAGGAUAUGUUAUUGGUUAUGAAGACUGGAGUGAGCUACGUCUCCCCAAACCAAAAAAACCAAAGAGGCAUAGAAGAAUGAGACCUAGACGUCUACAAAAGUUAAAGGAAGUAGAAGGAGACGAGGUUGUCCAGACAACAACCAAUUAUGAAACACUAGCCGAGAAAGGCGAAGAAGGCUACACUAUGUUGGAUUAUUUGGGGGAAGGCGUUGAAGAAGAAGAAUAUCUAUCAGAAGAAGAAUCCGAAAUUCAGUAUCCUCCGAUGAUCCACAGGGGUUCAGAUUUUUGGAGGGAAAAAGAAAAGUCGGGAAGGGGAUGUGUUUUGGCAUUCAACAAAUUUGAUGAUCUGGUUAACCAUAUUUUCAUCAAUAUUCCUCCAAAACUUAUACCAGAAACCAAAUUUGAACUUAAAUCGGUAAAACUUACAAACAAUAAUGAUGUGAGGCAAAGAUUUAAUACAGAAUGUGAAAGGACUGAUGUCUAUUCAGGAAACUGGUACUUCUUUGAGGAAAUUGACAAAGGAAUGUGGAUAUUAAGAGGGACAAUGACUAUAAAUAACGAAAUGUUUCCACAACAGAACCGAGGAAAGCAGCAACUUACUACAACAAUCGCAGCUCUAGCUGUAGCUUUUAUUUUUUGCGUCGUAUGCUAUAACGAUUACAGCGUUGAUUCUAUUUUAAAAUAUGGCGACAAAUUGUAUACAUUUAUCAAAAACCAUCGAAAAAAACAAUUGAAACAAUGGGGCUGCGAAUGCGAAAAUAUCCAGAACAAAAUUUGUGAUGAAGAUAUAAAGUGGUUGAUUCAAAAUGAGGAGGUAACUCUUAACGACAUACCCAAGAAAUUUUGUAUCUCCAGGUUUAUGGUAACCAUCGAUAUUGAACCUGAUGUAAUAGUGGGGGAUGUAAAUGCUCAAGAUUUUGAAGAUAUUAAUGAUGUUAAAAGAGGUUUAAGAAAUUUUUUUGAAAAUAAUCAUUUUGGUGUACUUCAAGCAAAAGGUCUGACAGUAGCAAUUUGGCGAGGAGCUAGAAUGUAUUAUAUGUUUGAUGGACUGAAUAGAGGCAGAAACGGAAUAGUAGCUCCAUAUGGAACAGCAUGCGUCACCAGGUAUUUGGAUAUCGACAAACUUGCCGAGGUAUUUUUAGCAAAUUUGCCAAAAUAUGGAAACAACUGCUUUUUUAUACACGAUGUAACCAUGCAAAAAGAUAUUUGUCCUAGAGCAAGAGAGCCGAAAAUUGUAAUACCGCCACAAAAUGUUGUGCCUUUGGGAGGGUUCCAAGAAGUUGCAGCAGGUAAAUCUGUUGUUAGAGGAAGUCUAACUCAAAACGAUCAAAAGUUUGAAAAAAUUCAAAAUGCAAUGAGUGCACCUGUAGCAAUUAUAGCAUUAGCAAUGACUCUAUUACAUAAAACAAAUACCUGGUCUAAACCCAUUCUUGACGAGAUUAUUGAGCUUGGUUCAGAACUUUACGACGAAACUAUGGAAUUUUUGGGAUUAGAUUUUAAUCCAUGGGAAGAGAAACUAGAUGUAGCUCGAGUAAACACUCACUUUAAUAUUGGAGUUAUUAAAGCUAGUUGUGUGGUUAGAUUAACUGAGAUAAGAGGGAUUUUUGAUAUAAUUGAUCCUUGUACGCUUAACUUACGAAAGGGCUUAGAAAAAUUCUUUAAAAAAAAUUCUCAUGGAAUAUUGGUUUCGGAGCCAUAUACAGUAGCCAUAUGGGAAGAAUAUAAUGAGGAAAAUCGACAAAUCAUUUACAUGUUUGAUCCAAACGCCAGAGAUGCUGCAGGAAAGCCGUAUGUAGGAGGAACUGCAUGUCUGAUCAGCUUCUACAAUUCUAGUAUGGUAAAUGACCAUAUACUGAAGCACAUUAUUGCACCUGAACAAAAAACGUGUACUUUCGAAAUUAUACCAGUAGAGAUAAUUGUCGGAACAAUGAGACUUCCGCGUAAAACGGAACAAAUAAGAAGUGAAUUUUUGCCAAUUACCUCCACGAGAUGUGCUGACGUGGCAGAAGAUAAGAAGCUUCUACGAAAAUAUGCUGAGCAUGAGAGACGCAAAAGAGAAUUAAGAUGCCGUCAGCAACUUGGACGUAGAGGCUACUACAUAACGAAAACUGGAGAUGCACUUCUUAGAGGAUACAGAAGCCAAAACUCUCCAUGCUUCAACGACGCCUGCAGAAAUAACCAAGACAUACCCAACUGCAUAGUAGCUCUAGUUAUGAACCAUCUGGUAUCCUUAGAACGUUGGACCUUCAAGAAUAUUGACCUUAUUUUAGUAACAGGCAAUCAGUUAUAUGUUGACUCGUAUAUAGCGUACGGACCAAAAGAUCUUAAACUUGGAAUGGAAAACAUAGUGAGGAAGUUUUUCUUGCAACAUUUGACAAUACAUGUUACCAUUUAUAAACCGAUUUUAAGCAAUGUUUUUACAGAAGAUUGUCUAAGUAGAACACUUUCAGUAUUUUUUACUCAAGAACAGCAUUGCAUAUUAAACCAUCAGAAUCAAUGGGUUGCUCUGUUCUUUAAAUCAGGUCAGUUCUACAUGUUUGAUCCCCAUGAGCGCGACCUAGAAGGAUUUUCCAUAGGCCAGGAAUGCUGCGGAUGCGGUGCAGCAAUUCUAAUGAGAUUUGAUGACGUUGACAGGUUGGUGUAUCGGCUAAUAUCAAAUUUGACCCCCAAGCAUGUAGAGAUACGGGAAGUAAAUCACGAAGCUGAGGAUACAGAAGAUGAGGAUGAAAGCUUAUUUACAUUGUGGCUUGCCUCUAUUGAAAUCAAAUAAUUUUGUUUUCAUUGUCCUGUGGAAUCAAGCUUUGGCAUGGCAGUCAAAACUAUCAGCGGUAUCUACGUUUUAAAAUAUAUUGUUGGUUGGUUUUAAAAUAUUGAGUAAUAUCCUUUGUUUUUUUUUAUUCGAAUUAAAUUAAAUUAAAUUU